ACGAACCCCGGAAUGGUUGUGAGCUGAAUGAAAGAAUAAAGAAAUUUCAAAAAGGAAAGGAUUUCAUCUGGGAAACACAGUGAGUGCUUGGAAAAUGAAUGUCAGUGUCGAUCAAGAGACAGACUACGCUGAACUGGUCCUAUCCCCAGGAGAAGUCACACUUGGAGAGAAGAAUAGGAAGUUGAUGAAGAAUUGUGACCUGAGAAGAAGAGAGGCCAAAAAUAUCUCACUGGCUGUGUGUGCUCUGCUGAAUUCUGGAGGGGGCGUGGUCAAGGCUCCCAUUAAAAAUCAAAACUACAGCUUCACCAGAGAUGGGAUAGGACUGGACUUGGAAGAUUCUUUACGUGGUAUCCUGCCAUUAAUUCAUCAACACCUAGACUUCAUGCAGGACAGAUGCUACUUUUUCAUUUUUGUGAAAGCAUGGACACGGAAUAACUUACUUCAGCGUAUCACCACCAAGAAAACUAAUUUCUACAAGAGAAAAUUGUCAUUUUCAGUUGAACUGAAAGCGCCUGAAGCAGUGCAGGUCCUCAGAGCCGUGAAGCACUCUCAAGAGACAUCAGGGUCCAGACAAAGUUCCUGUAAUGAAGUACCAAAUGAAUGUGUUGACUUAUUUAACAGGGCAUGUUUGUCCUAUGAGGAGACAUUCUGUUUUGCCGAAUCCAUACAUGCUGAAGUUAAACUGUCCCCCAAAGAAAAUAUUUUAGAGAGUCUCCCUCAAACUAUCUCUGCAUUUGCAAACGCAGAUGGGGGAUAUUUGUUCAUUGGUUUAGAUGGGAAGAAGCAGCGAAUAAUUGGUUUUGAGGCAGAAAAGAGGGAUCUUGUGCAUCUAGAGAAUGAAAUAGAACAGUGCAUCCAGCAGCUGCCUGUCACUCACUUCUGUGAGGAGAAGGCGAACUUAAAGUACACGUGCAGAUUCAUCGAAGUGCACAGACCAGGAGCUGCGUGUUCAUAUGUCUGUGCGCUGAGAGUGGAGAGAUUCUGCUGUGCAGUGUUCGCUGCAGAGCCUGAGUCCUGGCAUGUGGAAGACGGCUGCGUGAAGAAGUUUACUGCCGAGGAGUGGGUCAAGCUCCAGAUGGAUCCCACUGCAGUUUGAGGAGAGGAGA